CUCAAGCCGGGUGCACUGACGACAUCGAUAACAAGACACUGAUACGCGCCUUCGACACACGUGGAAAAUGUGGGUUCUUAUUUCUGAUCCCUGAUUGGCUGUUUGUUGUUGAAGAUUGCAAUCAUAAACAAUGGGUUUGAACUGGAUUGGCAUCGGACUUGUAGUGCUCGUCGUAAUCGUGGCUGCUAAUGACGAAGAGGAACAUAAGGCGAUGGUCAAGCGGCAGAUCAACAGUGUUCCUUUAGUUUAUCCUUAUGGAGGUACUUAUAAGUUGAUUAUCGGUUUGUCAGCACCGAUCAAAUCGGAAGACUACGUGAGUCUGGCGUUCGCAGCGAACUUCCAAUACCAGUACGUGCAAUUCCAGAACAUCAGUGAAUUGUCUCAGUAUUACUUCAUUAAGACCGUCUCUAGGGAACAGAGGGAAGCUGAGCUCGCUGCUAGAAAGGAUGAAAGGCUGACGUUUUACACCGCUGUUGCCGAUAUGUUACGAUCGAAAGGUAUAAAUGGUGAAGAGUGUGUUUAUCGAGCUAUCUGCGAGGCUGCACAGUACCCUGUAGAAGAGGAGGGUCUGGUGGGAGAAAUAAUUCAUAUAUUACUCACACCAGACUACGGGAAGACAGCUUUUGAUGACAAUAAGGACGAAGACUUGGACUAUUUGAUGUCACCCUACAAUGAUGCGGCUACAGCUGGACGGCAGAUGUUUAACUGUGCUUCCAUCUACUCCGGCUGCCCUGAAGGCCAAGGUCUUAUGGAGAUGUUCAGCAUCCUAAGAGACGAAUAAUAAUAUUUUUACUGUUAAUUUUUGCUGAAAUGUGUCUUUUGCCGAUUAAAAUAAGAUUUUUUCUUUGUUUUUCAACUUAUGGCUUGGAUAAGG